GCUAGUUCCAGAGCCGGCGCCCCGGGAACGGCGGCCCCGGGAGGCGCAGGAGGAGCAGCCCCCGCCCCGGAUCCCUCGCGAGCCUCGGGGCAGCUCGGCGGGUCCCGACGGGGUGUGCUCCUACUUUCACUGUCCUCUGUGUUUUUCCAAGAGCGGUAGAAAAUGAAUAAAUCUGUGGGGCCAGUGUCAUUCAAGGAUGUAGCUGUGGACUUCACCCAGGAAGAAUGGCAGCAGCUGGACCCUGAGCAGAAAACCACCUACCGGGAUGUGAUGCUGGAGAACUACAACCACCUUAUCUCCGUGGGCUGUCACAUUAUCAAACCGGAAGUUAUCAUCAAGUUGGAGCAAGGAGAAGAGCCAUGGAUAGUAGGAGGAGAAUUCCUACCACAGAGUUACCCAGAAGAAGUCUGGAAAGCUGAUGAUCUGGUAGAAAGAGUCCAGGAAAAUGAAGGGAAAUAUUCAAGGCAAGCUGUAUCCUUCAACAGCAAAACCCUGAUUGAAGAGAGAGGUAAUGUUCUUGGUAAGACUUUUAAUGUGGAAAUGAACCCCAUUCCUUCAAGAAAAAUGUCCUAUAAAUGUGACUCGUGUGAAAAGAGUUUGAAAUCUGUUUCUGAAUAUAUUAGUAGUGAUGGCAGCUAUGCAAGCAUAAAGCCUGAUGAAUGUAGUGCAUGUGGGAAACCACUUCCCCAUGUUAAACUUGAGAAAACUCAUCCAGGAGAUGAAUCUUAUGAAUUUAAUCAAAAUGGGGAAGCUUAUAGUCUAAAUGAAGAAAGUAUUUAUCAGAACAUUCAUAUUUUGGAGAAACCCUUUGAAUAUAUUGAAUGCCAGAAAGCCUUUCAAAAGGAUACAGUUUUUGUUAAUCAUAUGGAGGAGAAGCCCUAUAAAUGGAAUGAAUCUGAAAUAGCCUUUCUGCAAAUGUCCAACCUCAGCACACACCAGAGGUCUCAUAUGGAAUUGAAGCCCUUUGAAUGCAGUGCAUGUGGGAAAUCCUUCUGUAAAAAGUCAAAGUUUAUCAUACAUCAGAGGACUCACACAGGAGAGAAACCUUAUGAAUGUAAUCAGUGUGGGAAAUCCUUCUGCCAGAAGGGGACCCUCACUGUCCAUCAGCGCACACACACAGGGGAGAAACCCUAUGAAUGUAACGAAUGUGGGAAAACCUUCUACCAGAAGUUACACCUCAUUCAACAUCAGAGAACUCACUCAGGAGAGAAGCCCUAUGAAUGUAGUUACUGUGGAAAAUCCUUUUGUCAGAAGACGCACCUCACACAGCACCAGAGAACACAUUCAGGAGAGAGACCUUAUGUUUGUCAUGACUGUGGAAAAACCUUCUCCCAGAAGUCCGCACUUAAUGACCAUCAGAAAAUUCACACAGGUGUGAAGCUCUACAAGUGUAACGAAUGUGGGAAGUGCUUCUGCCGCAAGUCUACUCUCACCACACAUCAGAGGACACACACCGGAGAGAAGCCCUACGAAUGUAAUGAGUGUGGGAAAUUCUUCUCGCGGUUAUCCUAUCUCACUGUACACUAUAGGACUCAUUCGGGAGAGAAGCCCUACGAAUGUAAUGAGUGUGGGAAAACCUUCUACCUGAAUUCAGCCCUCAUGAGACAUCAGCGAGUGCACACCGGAGAGAAACCAUACGAAUGUACUGAGUGUGGAAAGCUCUUCUCUCAGCUCUCGUACCUCACUAUACACCACAGAACUCAUUCAGGAGUGAAACCCUACGAAUGUAACGAGUGUGGGAAGACCUUUUACCAGAACUCAGCCCUUUGCAGACAUCGGAGAAUACAUAAGGGAGAAAAGCCCUACGAAUGUUAUAUAUGUGGGAAGUUCUUCUCUCAGAUGUCAUACCUCACCAUACACCAUCGAAUUCAUUCAGGAGAGAAACCCUAUGAAUGUAAUGAGUGUGGGAAAACCUUCUGCCAGAAUUCAGCCCUUAACAGACAUCAGAGGACACACACAGGAGAGAAAGCUUAUGAGUGUUACGAGUGUGGGAAGUUCUUCUCUCAGAUGUCCUAUCUCACCAUCCACCAUCGGAUCCAUUCGGGAGAGAAGCCCUUUGAAUGUAAUGAAUGUGGAAAAGCCUUCUCUCGGAUGUCAUACCUCACUGUACACUAUAGGACUCAUUCAGGAGAGAAGCCCUACGAAUGUAACGAGUGUGGGAAAAAAUUCUAUCACAAAUCAGCCUUCAAUAGCCAUCAGCGGAUUCACAGGAGAGGGAAUGUGAAUGUACUGGAUGUGGGGAGGCUUCUCUGAAGUCAGAGAACCUUUCCAUGUGGUGAGUGGGCAGCUCCUGCUGACCCACAUCAGAGCUUACACGGGUGAUCUGCACAAGCCUUUGUGUUAGACUUGAAGCCUGAAAGUUCACAGGGUAGAAACCCCAACUGUACCAAGACCACAGGACUUGUUGGAUAACAAACUAUACAGGAGUAAAAAUAUAUAUGUAUUUAGAAUGUGUAUGCACUUCACCGUGGACUCAAACUGUUUUACAUAUCAGGGAAUUCAUGCCAAGGGAAAAAUCUCUCCAUUUUAAGGAAGGUGGAAAAUGUACUCCUUUGGAAAUUACAAAAUGUUAUGCUUCUGAUGUAGUAUUAAGCUUCUUGAAAACAAAAAUACAGAAGAUAAAGAUACUUAUGUAAAUAGAAGCUGUAAAACCACCUGAUAGUAAUCAAGACCACAGCAUAGCAACCUUACACUCACAUGGGAGUGCUUCCUGGGAAUGUAGGACUUAACAUUUUUGAGGGGUUUUCAGUUUCUUUGCUUGCUUUUUAGGAUGCUACAUGAAAUGUAUGUUCAGUUUGAAUCAUGUUUGAAAAGUCAUUGUAUCCUUAUUAGAAUAAUUUGUAAUACAUGGUAAGGUAGCCCAUUUUAAAUAGCUCUACCAUGUUAGGAUCCUGAUAUUCACUGCCCCUGAACUAACAUCUGAUAGUAUAAAGUAUGCUGCUUCUUGUACUCUUGCCUGGAGUUCAUAAAUGUCUUUGUUGUUAAUGAACUAAGUCUUCUGUGAAGAAGCCAAUGUCUUUAUAACAUGUUCAACUGUAUCUGAGUCAGCAAGAGUUAGAAAUCUAUGCAUAUGGUAGAAAAGCGCAUAGAUAAUUUUAAGAUGUUACUGCCAGACAUUUCCAGUAGUCUAAGAAGCGCCUAUAGUAUUUACUGUACUCUAUCAGUUACAUUUACUUAAAAUAUUUAAGUACUUAAAAUA